AUGGAGAACAAACUGUCGGCCCAACCAGCGGCCUCGCACACGCCAGAUGGGUUGCGACAGCGACAACGCGAUCGACUUUCACCACGCGGGAGAUUUGGAAAACCUGCGUGGAUUGCUACCACCGUUCGUGACAUGGAGGGAACGAAGGCUACUGGUAGUGACGGUGGUAACGGCAUCACGCUCUGGCCGGCACCGCGUGCGAAGACCAUUGGCAAGAAAUCGUCGGAUCUGGCCAAGAAGAAGCAAUUGCAGGAAGGGUUGCGCAAGGAGAAUAGUGUGAAUCGUCGCGCGAAACGGGAGGCAGAGGACGGAAAACUUCACCAUGAUAUUGUUCCCAACGGGGGAUCCGCUGGGCGAGAAGGACGCCAGUUUACCGUGGCCAAUGUGGGGAACAAUGGCAGGAUAUAUCUUCGGUAUGUUGAGCAGCCUACGGUGGGACGUCGCGAGGAUUGGUUUGGAGAAAGUGCAGAUGUACUCACUGGAACGAACAGUCCCACCAUCCGACCAGCAAACCAGCGAUAUCCCCAACCCUCGUUCGUGUUUCCCAUGACCCCACCGAGCACCGCUGGAUUGGAUGUUUUGUUGAGCCAGCAAGAGAGUGACGAGACGCCCCGCGACAGUCUGUGGACUCCGUCGCUAGCUACUUCAGAUGCUGCAGUGCGAGAUUCUUCAUUCCCCCUUGGACGCCCGCCCAGUCAAUUCCCGCGUCAUAAGCGCACCUUUUCCUACUCAACGAUUGACGAGCGGCACGCUCACGUUCGAGACUCGGAUGCCGGUGCCUUCAAAAUCGUCAUUGAGAGACCAGGUGCAGGUCCAAAGGCCAAGGAGCCUCUGGUCGGAACGCCAACGAUAGAGGUCCCCAUACCUUCGUAUAAAUUGGGAACACCGCGGUUCAGCAUGAGAGGGACCGCCUUCCUCCGAGGUUCAUCAUACGCAGCGACGGAUGAUAUGAGAUCCAGUGUAAUCUCAUCUAACGAUGCUAAUGCGGAAUCCAACACACCCCGUCCCACGCCGGUUCUGUCUAGAAGACAUUCAGAUGCGCCUCGUCAACCUUGUUCACUAGUCACAGGAGGCCCUUUAUCAAGUCACCCCAUCGGCUCACAUCAUUCCAGCAGCGUCAUUCGACAACGUUUACCAAUUACUCCUGAGAUUUUUGACUCGUUGACCUUCAAACCAGCUUGUGACCACCCAUCUGUUGUACGCUAUUCGCGAGAUGGAAGUAUCAGGGCCGCUACGCCCGCAAGGCUUGUAGCCGAGAUUACGUCCCCAACCUUUGUUGACUACGACCUUCUUUCUGAUUUCUUCCUCACUUUUCGCUCAUUUCUUGAUACAACAGACUUACUGCAUAUAUUGAUUGCUCGCUUGAAAUGGGCUCUUGCACGCGAUGAUGAGACGGGAACCGUGGUCAGGGUCAGAGCUUUUGUGGCGAUUCGUCACUGGGUGCUCAACUAUUUUGUAGAUGACUAUGUGAUUGAUUACGAUCUGCGAAAGACCUUUUGCGAGCUUCUCAACAACUUUACCGACGACCCCUUAUUCAGCCCCCAACGUACAAAAGUUCCAUUGAAGAUCCUCGGUGAAAUCAAGAAGUGUUGGAGACGGGUUGGUGCCCUGUACUGGGAUGGAUCAGAGUUUGACACAGAACUUGGCUGUGAUGUACCUAUUGCUCCGGGAGGAGUAGCUGGGUCUAGGGAUCCUACUUUAGAUCCUAGUUUUUGGGACACCCACCCAGAUGGCCCUCCAAGGUUAGAUGGUAUCAUUGAGCCAGAUUUCAUCCAAAUGGAAUCGUCAAACGCGGAAGGCUCCAACUUCUUCGCCGAGGUGUCAAGGGCUGGCCACCUGGAUUCCACGCUGAGACCGCAAAGCGCACCCAAGAGCCAUGGAGAAGAUGAGCCAGUUGGCAAUCCUCCUUUGUCACCGGCGAGCAUAAUGAGCGAGGAUUUCGUGUCGUGCUCCUUUCCAACCCGACUCCGUGGCCACGGGUCUUCGCAACAGCUUAAUGCUCAUCCUGUACCAGCUAGUUCUAUCUAUGAUGCAUCUCCUCCGAUUGCCCCAAUUCCCAAGGUUGUUAUAGGAAAACGUGUUCGUCCUUCCCACGCCCACAAGCGUAGUGGAAGUUUUUCAGACUCAUUCAGAGAUCAACGGCCACUUGAACCAGUGCAGAAAGUCAUUUACAAAAGCACAGAGUUACUUCUUGCCUGCCCAUAUGCUGGGAGCCUGGUCCGAGGAAAUCUAUUUCCACCUGGACAAGCAACCGUGGAAGUCGUUGCUCCGGACACCCCAGGUCACUCAAAUCGCGGGACGACGUUGUUUCCCCCCGGUGCCUCUCAGAAGGGGCCUUCAGCAAUGUCAGGACCUGGAAUGAAGAAGCUUCUAGGGAGUGUUCGUCGUGCUCUCAGUACUCGUACCGGCCUGAGCUCAGUCCCGUCUUCGUCACCCACCCAAGGAAGCUUUCCCCAAAUUCCGCCUCUAGGUGUUCGGGGGGCAACCAUAAAUCGUUUACCAGGUACUGCAGUUGUUCCGCAAGCUCGCUCGCGAGCCAUGGACGCUAAAGCACCAAUGAGGAUAGAUUUGUUGGGUGCUGAAGUUGCCGAGGACUUCAAGAAGGCUGUGCAGGAGGAAGCGGAAGUGAGUAUCCAAUCAGAUCAAUUCAGUGCGCAUAACAUGCGACUUCAGUACCCAAGUAUGGCUCUAGAUGCUACUCUCGAACCGUCCAAGGUGGAAACUCGAAAGGCACUGGUCAAUAGUGAGAUGACUACUGGUAGCAAGUCCAUCGUAAUCGUUGAUGACACCGUACCUGUGGAAGGCGAUGCGACGAAUGGAACAAAUCUCAUGAACACACCCAUCGAGGAUUUUGCGAAAACAUAUAUGCACCGAUCUGCAGGCCCAACCCCCCCUUCCACCCCUCCAGAUCCACCACUUGGAACGCCACGCCGUUCAUCGCACUUGCUGGGCCAACACACACGAAAACGCUCGUUGUCUUUUGGAGAUAGUGGUUUCAUGUCCCGCACAUCAUUCACUAGAGCUGACAGUCGUCCUUUAAGCAAGAAGCCAUCUACCCGCCCAUCCAUACGUGCCUCGCGUCAUUCAUUCCAAACCGCGAAUUCCAUGUCUCUGCGGCGUUAUGCUUCCUACCAUAGCGGGUUUACACGGUAUAGGAGUGAGAGGAGUUUUGAUGCAACUACAUUUUCGGGAUCAGACGAUCACGAGAAUCAUAUCUCUUCAGUGCCACGACCACUUCGAGUUCUCAGAAGGAGACCAGGGGGGGACUUGAGAGCAGUCACGAACGUUGAAGAGCUUAAUCCCCAGUCGAUCCGAAGAGUACUUUCGACGGGGACCAUGUCGACGUAUCAGGACUCUAUUCGAAGCUCAUACCUCUUGAGCCCGGGAGUGCCUAGCGCAUAUGUGGAUGCCAAAAGUGGUAAUUCUGAGCUAUCUGAACCUAAUGUGCAGACCUUCUCGCUUGGUGCUUUAGCUGAAGGAUCCUCGCCUAAACCAGCUGUUUCACUUUUCAGCACUCACUCAUCCCAACCUAUUAUGCGACCGUCUUUUGAGAAGGAGGCUCAAAUGCUUGCACAGAUUCCCGAUGAUAUAGAUGAUGAUGGUGGUGUUGAAUCUGCUUUGCUGAAACUCGAGGGCAAAUUUGAGCUGCGCCGUUCCGACAUGUCACUCAGUGCAGAGGGUGAGCGUGAUAGCUUUGGUGCUCGCCCAAUCGAUGUGAGUACACUGACCCUUGAAGAUGAGGAUGAAGUAGCGGAAGAGCAUCAUGAUGGGAACAUACGCGCUGUAGAAUCUGGUCAAUCGAUAAUUCCUACAUAUCGUCCUCAGCUAAAUUCUUCAACCGAAGAGCUUAAGCCUACUGUUUACCAACCUCGUGGAAUGCAGUCAAACUCAGCACCUUCGCUGAGAUCGGUAGAGUCAUUCAAUUUAACUACUAUUCUUGGGGGGGAAGAUGGAAUGCAGUCGAACUCAGCACGUUCAGUAAAAUCGGUGGAAUCAUACAACUUAACCACUAUUCCUGGGGCAGAAGAUAGAAUGCAGAGAAGUACGCGAAACUGGUCAGACCAGUCGAUCCUCCGUGGUCCAAGUAACGAGAGGCCUCUUCACAAUGAGCAUACUCCUGACUCAUCUCAUGUCAAUUCAUUUGACUUCGUCGACGACACUGAUAGUCUUCGCAGGAUACCAGCUGGCCAGACCAUGCCCCAGCACGCAAGUCUUGAUCAAUCUUUUCUAGAGAGCGAGAGCGAAGAUAAAAGUGACUUGUCAUCUGAGAUGUCAAUGGAAGUGAUUUCCAAAACAGAGCUCACCGAGCCCGACGCUAAUCCUAACCAAACCAUACAUCCCGAAGCUGCUACGAAGGAACCAAUGCUGCCGUCACAUUCACAAGGCGGGACUCCAUCCCCACCACUUACAUUAGCACAAGCAUUGCAAAUAUUUCCUGAUGGUACCAACCCGCAAAGCCACAGGGGGUCUAACGGACAGAACUUAGGCCAGAACAACCUUCCUUUCACCCCCGAGGUCACACCCACUGGCCCGUUCCCACCACCUCAUGAACAUCAUAUCUCUGGUGAUCUGAUAGAUAGAGACGGAAUAGAGCCGCACCGUAUUCCUGAGCCAUCCCGCAAAACGUCUCUCCAUCUUCCCUUUACGUUAGCAUUCGACUCUCAGGUCCUUGCUCAACAGUUUACACUUAUUGAGAAGGACGCACUGAAUGAAAUCGAUUGGAAAGAUUUGAUUGAAAUGCGAUGGAAGAAUUCCACUACCGACUCUCGCUCAUGGGUUGAUUUCCUUCGCUCUUCGGAACCACGAGGGGUGGAAGUUGUGAUCGCUCGCUUCAAUCUCGUUGUCAAGUGGGCAGUGUCCGAAGUUGUAUUGACUCUCAAUAUGGAGGAGCGAGUGAGGACCAUUAUCAAGUUUAUUCACAUUGCUGCGCAGUGCCGCAAGUACAGGAAUUUCGCAACCAUGACGCAACUUACUGUCGCCCUCACGUCAAAAGACCUCUCCCGCCUUACAAAGACAUGGAACCAUGUCCCGAAAAAUGAUAUGCAAGUGUUGAGGCAACUUGAAGAUCUUGUUACCCCAACCAGCAACUUCUAUAACCUGCGAGCCGAGAUGGAAGUAGCUGGCGCGGACCAAGGCUGCAUUCCCUUCGUUGGCAUCUAUACGCAUGAUCUUUUGGUCAAUUCCGAACGACCCAGCCAAAUUGCUAGCACUCCAACCACAGAGCCACUCGUCAAUUUUGAAAGAUGCCGAACAGAUGCUACAAUCAUCAAGAAUCUUCUUAGGCUCCUAGAGGCUAGUCAACUGUACAGAUUCCUACCAAUCGAAGGAAUUACCGAGAGAUGUCUUUGGUUGGCGGCCCUCUCGGAUUCGGAAAUCAAAGAUUACAGCAAGGCGAUUCAAAAAUAA